GAAACUCGUAUAAUUAAUUGCAUCGCAUUUCAUUAGUGUAGCAGUCAGAGCAACAAUAUACCCGCCGGUCAGUGUGAAGCUAUGCUGGUGAGCGCAGCAGUAUAAUCUCAUGGGGAUAUCGCUAAUGGAAGCGAUUGCGUUGAUUAUCACCUGAGGUCAGGUCCAGCCAACAGGGGAAGUUGUUGUGCUUGCCGGGGAAUCCUUAUACAUUUUUAAACUUGUCUCGUGUCGGGGUCAGCCAUGGAUUGCCAGAGGACACUGCAGUCAGUCGCCUGGGUUGCUCUACUUUCCUGGGCUGUGAUUUACUUUCCUGACGUGCUGGGCAAAGAAACAUACUACGUUUCCGGUCCAGAUAUGGUAUCGGUAACAUGUCCAACCGGCGAAGGAUGGUACAGAAACCCAUUUGACUGUAACAAAUUUUACGCUUGUGUACCGACCAACCUGAAAGACUACUUCGUUUACGAGUACGACUGCCCAGAAGGGCUGCAUUACGAUCUGAAUCGGACCAUGUGUGACUAUCCGUGGGAUGUCAAGCCAAAAUGUGAUGUGCCGGACAUUCCCACCACAACGCGUCGACCUUACAAGCUCCGCUUCAGCAUGCCACCAGAGAACAAACCCACAACAGCACCGAUGAACAACGGAUUCAGGGAUCUGCAGCAACCUUCGGAUGUGGAUAACCUACCACCACCGGAUCGUGAUUCGGCUGCGAGUGCGCCGGAUGCGAACACGGACCCGAAUACGAGCGAUAACGCAGCAGUGGAUGCAAAUGGCGGGCCGGAUGUUUUAUAGUCCAGUUUAGAGUACCAGUAAUAAAUUGCAGCCAUGAAAUUUGUCUUUUCUUUCGUAUACAACAGGUGUAAUAUUUUAAUAAAGAAGUGGCAUUUGUUUUAAUUAUUGAGUGGUUCAUUC